GAGGUGAUCACAGAUGAAGCUAGAACCUCGGGACUGGUCAGAGAUUGAGUUUGGUGUGAAUUAACAGUUUUCUUUUCAUUCGUAAGGUGAUUCGCCAAAGUCAAGCUGAAAGAUUGUUCAAACGUGACAGAUUUGAAUGUUUUCAUCAAGAUCAGAGUUUACUCUCAACCUCCAAAGAUUGAACUCUUUUAAAUUUAAACUACAGUUUUAAUUCAAACCCGUUUAACUUCUUGGUGGUUUGCCAUUUUUGCUAAAUGUUUGACCAUUGUUCUCAAAAUAACUUUGGGAACAGGGUCGAAUGACUGAUAUGAGGAUGUGUAUCAACACCGCAUGUGUUUUCAGAGCGUUCACAACAUCCAGGUUUCGAAACGUUUAAAAGAAGUUUUUCUUGGUCAUUUUUGCCAACGUUAUGAUAACGUUACUUCUGAGUCAAUACUAUCUGAGACCAAGAUCGAACUAAAAUGUAACAGAAACGUUCCAUUAACGAUGUACAAGUAACGUUCUUGUCACAUUUGCCGAACGUUCUAUUAAUGUUACAGAUGGAGUAAGUGUGAGAGAAGCUGCCAGAACGUUCGCUGUUUGAUGUGAAAUGAUACAUUUGACAGACAUCUGAUGGUUUUAAAUGGUUGGUAUUGUUUGGUACACACACACGCGCAUCUCAUCGCUGCUGAAUCUGAUGAACGCGAUUAAACCGGGAUUGCUGGUGAAUAACGAUCUCGUGUGGAGGAUGAAGAGCUGGAUGAUGCUGAAGUGAUCCGCUGGUUGUCGCACUCGGUGUGUGUUUGUGUCGGUGGUCCGGAGGGCGGAGCUGCGGGUCUCUGCGCCCCCGGUACCGACGGACACACCGAUCACUGCUGGGCGGAAGAGCGUCAUUUGAGCAGAAAACAGACCGCGAGAGAAGCAGCGCGGAUCGAGAGUGAUUUUCUCUUUCGUCUGCAGCGGGAUGGUUUUAAACGCGGACGCCCGACACGAGCGCGAUCCUCCCGCUACACCGGCCGAGCGUCACUGAAGCAUCACCCGCCCUCCGCGACGCGUCCGACCGCUCCGAUGGGAACAAAAGCCUCGCUUUCACCUCCACCCUGAGACCGCAUCCGCAAUGAACAACUAGAGGAGCGUCAGGCGAUGGGAUGAAAAUGAGACGUCACAGGGUUUUCUUGAUUUGCACGGUGGGACUGUGUGUCAUUUCCUUCCUGCAUUACUACAAGGCUCUCCACUACGUGUCCCUGCUGAGGGAGUUGUCUGCACCUUACCCUAACAUCAAAUCCUUCAUCAUGGUCACUGGUUUCUUCUGGAAGGAGGGCAACACCCCGCUGUCGAGUGCCUCCCCAGAGGAAGGCCCUCCCCCGCUGCACAGGCUGUCGGACAGCAAGCUCCGGGCCGGAGGAGGCCUGGUGCUCGACACCGGACAAGAACCUGAAGCACCACAGCCGUGGAAGAGACCCGAAGAUCCACAGCACAGGAGCUUGGGCCCUACAGAGGUCCAUAAGGGAGGUUUGAUUGCCUGGCAGCCCAGCAGCCCGACCAACCAGAAGCCCGACCCGCAGAGAGACUCUGCAAUCAGAGACUCGUUGAACAAGCUUCAGCUGCAUCACGCAUCGACUCCGGACCCGCUGGAAUCCCUGGGCGACCUGCACCGCCGCAUCCAUGUCCUCCAGAAUGACCGCACCCCUUAUUUCGUCCGCACCAAAGCAGGCGCUCUGUGCUUCCGUCAGGGGACGGAGGUGGCACCGCCUAAAGAAGAGACACUGAAAGCAAGACCCAGCAUAGCUGGAAUCGGCCAGCGGAGAAUACUGCAGAAGCCUGAUGAGUCACACACCUCAGCAAAAUCAGUGGAGGAGUCCGGAGCUGCUCAAGGGAAACCCAAGCGUGGCAAGCGGCUGGUGAAGUGCGUCUGUCGGCCUGGGUGGCAUGGUCCUUACUGUGGAGUGCCCACUAUGGUGUACCACUCCAAUCUGCCCACGAAAGAGAGACUGACCCCUCGUGAGACGCCUCGACGUGUCAUAAACGCCAUCAACGUGAACCAUGAGUUUGAUUUGUUGCACGUGCGCUUCCGUGAGCUCAUCCGGGCCGUGGAUCUCUUCCUCGUGUGCGAGUCCAACUUCACAGCAUACGGGGAGAGGCGUCCGCUGAGGUUCCUGCACCUGAUGCUCAACGGAACGUAUGAUUACGUGCGCCACAAGAUCCUCUACGUCUUCCUGGACCAUUUCCCAGACGGCGGCCGACAGGAUGGAUGGAUCGCCGACGACUACCUGCGCACGUUCCUGACUCGCGAUGGCAUGGCGCGGAUCAGGGGUGUGCGGUCUGAUGAUGUUUUUCUAAUCAAUGAUGCAGAUGAAAUUCCAGCUCAGGAAGGAGUCCUUUUCCUUAAGCUUUUCGAUGGCUGGACGGAGCCUUUUGCCAUCCACAUGCGGAAGUCCCUGUUUGGGUUUUUCUGGAAGCAGCUGGGCUCCCUCGAGGUGGUGUCCGGAUGCACCGUCGGGAUGCUGAGAGACGUCUACGAUAACGAUGGGAUUCGGCUCCGGAGGCGGGAGUACUACACCAUGGCAGGAUUCCGGAAGUACGAGAAUGACACCGGACACAUCUUGGUGCAGUGGUCGGUCGGAAGUCCUUUCCAUUUCGCAGGCUGGCACUGCUCCUGGUGUUUCACACCAGAGGGAAUUCACUUUAAACUCAUUUCGGCCCAGAACGGGGACUUUCCUCGCUGGGGUGACUACGAAGACAAACGUGAUCUCAACUACAUAAAGGAGCUGAUCCGAACGGGGGGCUGGUUUGACGGCUCUGUGCAAGAGUACCCACCCUCGGACCCUAAGGAGCACAUGUAUGCCCCCAAAUACAUGUUAGAUAAUUACGAUCACUACCGCUACUUGUUGGAGAACCCUUACGCCAAGCCGUCCAACCCAGGAGGCGGGUAGAGCAGAAUGAGGGCCAAAUGUUUGUAAAGAUGGUUUGAUUGAAGACAGUAAGGAAGGGGGACAGAGAGGGAGAGAAGACACCGCUGUCUUGUUCCUCUCUUUCCUCUCUCUCUCUCAUUGAUCCCAGCAUCCAACACCGUCCAAUAGCUAAAGUCUUCUUGUGAACACAGGCCUUGCAGAAACCAACAACAAUCCUUUCUGUUUUGGUCAAUGUUUACAUGAAUGAUUCCUAGCGUUCUUUGAGAGACCCUGCAAUAUACGCCUCCUGUGUUCACUGUACAAGACUGCGUGUGUGUGUGUGUGUGUGUGUGUGAGAGAGAGAGAGACAGAGUGAAUGUGUUUGUGUGAUCAGACUGAAUUCUGUUGGUGCACAGACUUUCUUGCUUGCACUUCAAAAUCAAGAUCAAAAAAGGAAACUCAUUGCUCAAAUGUCACAUUUUUGGGUUUGUUGGCAGCUUGUAAAUUCCUUCAAACUCAAACGUCUUUUUCCUCAGUCAGAGAAAAAUCUUUGUGUAUCAUUGUGAGCUGUUCUGAAUGAGUUUGUGGACGAGAGAGAGAAAGAGACCAUCCGAGAGAAACAGGGCUCUGUUUGAGCUCUGCUGGGUUCUGAUGGAGCUGAUAUGUAUGAUUGUGCCGAGCGAGAGAGGUCCGCUCAGACAACACCGAUUAGUUUCCUGUUUGAGAAAUCCUUGCGGAAAACAUCCUAAAACUGGGAAAAGAGCUGUUUUGAGAUCAGAUAUUUUGUUCAAACAGUUGUUAAUGUGAACCAUUUGAUGGCAGAUAAAAAUAAGACAGACAGAGACUUGCAACAUUUUAAGGCAUUAUAGCCGCAUUUCGACACAAAGGUUGUUCCAAAUCAUGUUCUGCCUUCUAAUAUCCCUUCUUUUGGCCAAAUUUAUAAUUCUAAAUCUUUUCCAGAGAAGGCAUGAUCCAAGAAUGCAUUGUGACAGACUUCUUGGAACAAAAAUCCAUCCAAGAUGGCAAACAAAGACUUGCUGAUUAUAAAUGGAAUGUGUUCAAUACAGAGAAGCAUUGAUAUAAACAGUUCUGUCCAAUGUGUAUGUUCAGUGGCGUCCCGUUGUUAGCCUAGCAACAUGCAUCACACUUGACUGGAAUCAGCAAUGUGUUUUGGAACAGAGCCAUGCAGUGUUUGGUGAUCUUGGCUCUCUCAUGCUUUAAUUUUAAGUCAGAGCAGGAAACAGUUUCUUAUGAAAUCUUGUGCUGGAAGUUCCCUGUUCUCAGAGCUGUGAAACCAUCUGAAGGCAUUCGAGAUCCAUGGGGAACUACAUUUACACACUGGCACCAGAGAUCUGAAGAGUAGCGGAAGAUUUGACGGGGAUUGUUGUAGGAUAAUUCAAUCCUUCGUUAUCAACCACUUUCAUAUAUAGACACCAUCUGAUCAAUUCAUCAUUAAAAAAACACUUAAGUCCCAUUAUCUCUGUGUCAGGCAUGCUGCUAAAAACAGGUCUCCAGAUAUAGGAAAUAUCUGGGCGGGGAAUUAAAAUACUGCCACCAAGCAUUCAUGGUGAAAUAUAUACCACCACCAGUAGUCAUGACUUCACUGAUUACUCACUAGUGUCUGUGUAAAAGGCAAUUCGGCUGUGACACCAAUACGUAUCCAUGUGGCCUGUUCAUGCGCUCUCUUGGAGUGCCAAAAAGCAGCACAUUAUAAACAGGCUAAAAAUAGAGACAGCAUUAGAUGUCUGAAGACAGAACAUAUCUCAGCAGAGCAACAGGUGCUCAGUCUCUGUCCAUAAGCAUUUAUAGUGUUCAUCUGUCACAGUCUCAGAUGUGCUUCAUGCCGUUGUGAUUGCAGUGUGUUCGUGGCCUUCGUCAGCCUUCAUGCAUGAGAUGCCUCCAAAUCUGUGUGCAUUCCACAUGGGAAAACAGUCGAAAUGUUGAGUUUUAUUCCACUGAGCUCUGGUGAUGCAAUUGCAUUCUUAUCCUGAAAGCCAAGCAUUAAUGAGAAGACUGGACUUGGUUUAAUUUUUUCUGAAUCAAUUCACAUCUGCAUAUCAAGAAGCAGGAAUAUCUUUAUUAACAGCCUUCUGAAUGAACUCAUGAGUUGACAUAUUUUACAGGCAGGAGAGCCAAACUCAUAUCUGAGUUCACAUCUGGAGGGUGAGAUCUACCCAUGCUCAACCGUUGUGCCACAUUCGUCUUCAUUUAAUUAGGAUUGAACCGGUGUGACAGCAGGUGCUCAGAUUUUGUACUGAAUUUAAUGUUCAUUUUGCUCAUUAAAAUCAAAUGAAGGGAUGUUGAGGUGUUUGGCUUUAGAUCGGGAGCUCACAGACCACUCUCUCUCCCUCUCUCUGUUAACAAACAUUGUUUUGGACUUAUUGUCAUUUUUGUUUUGUGUUGUUUGCUGUUGUAAAUGUUAUUGCUGUUUGCAUUAUUUAUCUUAUUUAUUACUAUCCUGUUUCUGUGUAGAAAAGGGAAGAUUGAUCUGUCAUAGGAGAGAGAAGUUCUUCUCUGACUCCAUAAGAAAGACUGAAAUGUCUCUCUCCUCCACUUCAUCCCUCCAUCCCGUCCUCUCGUACCGCACUAUUCAUCUCAAACAUGGUAAACUCAUGAACCCUCUUGGCCAGAAUUACUUUACUCUAGUAUGCAAACCAAACGCACAAGCUCUUGUGUUGUUGAGAUUUAAGAGUUUCAACCAUUUGUGCCAUUUAACUGGGCAUGAUAGUCGCUACCUAGCUGUAAACUGCAUGGCAGUUCAGCUUUAAAAUUGUGAUGAAACGAGCAUCAAAACUUUUCUCCUAUAUUUUGACAUACAUCCAAGUGUGAAAUUAAUUAUCAAAAAGACAAUUGUAAAAAAGUACAAAAGAAUCAUAUGUACAGACAAAUUAUAAAAAAUAAAAAAAAAAACAAUACCAUGCAUUUUGCCAGGUAGAUGAAUUUGAAUUGAAUGAAUUGAAUUUGGGUGAAUUUUAUUUCACUUGCUGACUUUAAAGGCUGGAAUACACCACACGACUUUUAAAAUCAUAAAAGACUUUAGAGCACUAGGCGUCAUACAUUUAACAAUUUUGAAAUAGUUGAAAUAGAAAACUAUGCUACGCAUAGCAAAUGAAAACAAAAUAAAAUGUUUUAUAAAAUCGGCUCAAAGUAGCAAAUAUUUUCAAAUAAUAUCACAUAUCUUCUGACUGGAUGGAAUCAAAGUAUGAAGCUAAAAAAAAUUGGGGUCUCUACUAACCAGAUUUUCUGAUAUCUGGAUGUUCGACAACUCACGUCGACUCGGGGCAAAAAUCUGUGCAAAUGUCCCAGGGCCCGGCUGCAUAAGGCACCUAAAGAUUUUCCCUUGAGUAUGAACCUUAAGGAGUGAUUUCCCCUUACCUGAGGGAAUGACUUGAGGGUGUUGCAUAUAAUCCCUUUAACACUUUCCUUAGCAAAGGGAAGUCCAAGGGUUAAUGCAGAAAGCAUGUAAGUUUAAACAGAAAAAAAAUAUAACAUGGAUGAGGAAAACAAAAACCUAAAAUAUAAGACAAUGACCGUACGAGACGGAAACUCAAAUCGAUAAUUCAGAAAAAAUAAUUUAGGCCGCUCACCCUCGUGUCAAUUCAACCACAUAAGACUUGUAUUCAUUUCUGGACAACAAAUAAAGAUCUGUCAUCAUCUAUGUCCAUGAAGAGGUUUUUAGAGACUAGUGUGAAUAAAUAUAUAUAUUUUUAUGUAAAGAGACAAGAUAGUCUAUGCAUGAAUUGAUUAUUCGGAACCAAAACGAUGUGAACAUUAAACCGCUAAACUCUCAUACAGUGUGUGUUUCAUUCAUACUCGAAGCCAGAGGGCGCUCUCGCGCUGAAAGUCCAAACCGCAUUCAUAGAAGUAGUAGCCCUGCCCAUCUUACUGUCUAUGCUUAAAAGCUGAAUAAAAAGCAGAAACGUAAACACAAUAAACUUAUGAAAGCAUCAAUAUAUGGUUUAUGUGUGUUUUUCAAGUAAUCUCCAGGUAAUAUGUAUAAGAAUACAUUAAUAAAAUAUUAUGGAAUAAUUUCCUCUCAAGUGUGAUGCACUAACGUUUGAGCUAAUUAUGAGCCAUAUGUAAGUUGAUCAUCGUUUAUAUGUGAAUAAAUGCGUAAAUUAAAAUCCGUUUAACAUAUAAAGUUGCCGAUCAUGACUUGUAGUAGACUUUUGUGUAACACUUAAAGGUGCUGUAGGGAACUUUUGUAAAAAAAAAUAUAUAUUUUUUUUUUACAUAUUUAUUAAACCUGUCAUUAUGUUCUGACAGUAGAAUAUGAGACAGAUAUUCUGUGUAAAAAUCAAGCUCCUCUGGCUCCUCCCAGUGUCCUAUUGCCAUUUGCAGAAACUCCAUCGCUCCCGGUAAGAAACAACCAAUCAGAGCUGCGGUCCGUAACUUUGUUUGUGUUCAAAAUGUAGAAAAAUGUAUAUAAUAAGCGAGUACACCAUGAAUCCAUUUUCCAAACCGUGUUUUGGCUUGUCCUGAAUCACUAGGGUGCACCUAUAAUAAGUGUUUAUAUUCGGACUAUUUUAGAUUGCUUCGGGGAUACCGCGGCGGAGUAACCCAGUACCUUUGUGAUUCUUCAUAAACAUAAACAGAGAGAAGUAGUUCCGGCUACGAUGUUCUUCCGCAAGACGCAAGCAGUUCUGUUUAUUAACCGCUAGAGCGUCAAAAGUUCCCUACCGCAGCUUUAAGGUGACAUUUUCCAACCCUUGUGUUAUCCUUAGGAAAAUGUUAAGGGGCUUUAUGCAACACUUAUUGUGUUUUAAGGGAUACUUAAGAGAAAUUCUAAAGGUUUCUGACGUUUCACCAAAAGAAACCCUUAAGUAACAUUUAAGGGUAAUUUUGAGAAACAGUUUAAGAGAACCUUAAGGGCGAACUUAAGGGGAAAUUACACUUAAGGUGUUUUAUGCAACCGUACCCUGUCGUUUAUUCCAGCCUUUAACUAGAUUCUCUUAAACUCAUGACAGAAAGAGGAAACUGACCACAGAAGGCAGCCGUUAAGCUACCGACGGCUGAGGACACAGCGCGCAUGCGCAGUCAACCGUUCUCCCGCGCGUUUCUGUUCGCAUACUUGCGUGAAGAUUGAUUCUGGUCUUUAUCGCGUUUGUCUUGUCACUCACCUAUGAGCGGUGUUGUCUUUUAUGCUUUUUAAUAUCAGAGGAGCUUUCCUCGCAGCUCACAUGCCAUUUGUUUUGUGAUAAACGAAUGAUUGCGACCUUUCAUAUAAAAUACAAGACCGGUUUUAUAACGGAAUUAAUGAAAGAGGGAACGAAAGAGCAGGUGUUUCACCACAGAUCAAAGGAAAUAAUGACGUGAAUCAUGAGGUGGCAUAUGGACACACACACAACACCUGGAUAUUAAAUAUGUGAGCAUACAUACAUACGAUUAAGCCCUUCCUACCGCUGCCUCCAGCUUCAUCUUCUCUUUGAAGAUCUGUGACCCUUCAGAGACACACCCUGAGAAUCUCCCGUGCUGUCAAAACUUCAUAUCUACACUGCAUUUUAUGAUUGUUAACCUAUUCAGUGUACUCUGCUUUAAUAUAUUGAAGGAUAUAUUUUAGGAUGACAUUAACAUUUCUUCUCAUCUUAAUGUGUAAUCUUGUAUAAAACGCUGAGAUGUAUAACACAGAGAUUAUUCUUUUAUGUUUGUCUCUUAUUAAUGCACUGUAUGGUUUUUGUUCCGUUAAAAUAUGACUUCAUCACUCUCCGCCAAUCACGUCCACUCACACUCUCUCACCGCCAAUCACGUCCACUCACACUCUCUCUCCGCCAAUCAGGUACACUCUCACUCUCCGCCAAUCACGUCCACUCACACUCUCUCUCCGCCAAUCAGGUACACUCUCACUCUCUCUCCGCCAAUCACGUCCACUCUCUUUCUCAUUCUGGUUCACAGAUGGAAUCAUGUCUGUAAUCAGCGCAGUCAGAUGAAGAGUAUCCGAGAGAAAAAAGUGUUCGAAAAGCAGAGUCUCUUGAAUUCUCUCCUGCACUGCUAAAAAGGAGCGUGUAUAUUAAAUGAAUUUAUACAAUCUUUUUGUUUUGUGUAUAUGAAUGGCUAUAUGUUAACCCUGAAGAAAAAUGUAAAAAAAAUAAUUCUAUGACAUAAACUGUAAUAAAUGAAUUUGAAAACGAA